AUGCAAAAAAGUAAUCAGGGAUUCGGGGCGGGUAUGGGGGAUAGUCCCCCGAUGGGAACGGGGACGGGGAUUCCCCGAAACCUAUUAAACGGGGAUGGGUUCGGAGACGGUGGCGGGAAUGGAGAGCGGGGACGGGGAUGGUAUUGUCAUACCCGACCCGUUGCCAUCCCUAGUUUUGAACAGGAAAGUAGCCGAAGUUUGUAG